AUGGCUGAUUCGUAUGAAAUGGAAUCAAUGGACGAGUCUUACAAACAUAGCGAUAAGUAUUUUGAAGGUCUCAUAUACUGUACGUAUCGCCAAGAAAGUAGCUACAGGAUUACUAAGAGUCUAAUAUCGACGGCUAAUUCUGCAACUGACAGCCAUCCUGCCAGAAUAGUUGUAAUUACACACUCCCACUGGGGCGGUAACCAUAAUCUGUUUUUUAAGUACAAACAAUGUCUAUUAAUCAUAACAAAUACUUCGUACUCAUCAUGCAAAUUCAAGCGACUAAAGAGACCACUUCCCUAUUACAAUAAUUCAAAUGCGACACACAGGUUGCUCUUAAUAAUAGCCGGUGUCGAACAAAACCCCGGACCAAACAGCAAACCAAAUGAAGUUCAACGGAAAGCCCCCCGAUGCUCUGCUUGUGAAAAGCCUGUCGCUAAGAAUCACAAACGCUUUGUCUGUGAAGUAUGUCAUGAUUUUACUCAUGCUCGCUGCUCAAACACUGCCAUCAACCUUAAACUGUUUUGCAGCUCCUCUCCAAAGACUUGGACUUGUCAAAAAUGUUUAUUUACGGCAUUACUAUUUUGGAACGCAAAUAUCUCUGAAACCUCUAUCCCCGACUGUGAUUCGUUUGCUACCCAAGAUGAACACUCAUUAGUAUUGCAAGCCAAAUCUGAUCAAUUACGUAUAAUGCACCUAAAUACCCAAAGCAUGAUGUCGACAUUUGAUGAAUUUAUUCUUACAAUUAAUCAAUUCCCAUUCGACAUCAUCACACUUAGUGAAACAUGGUUAAAGGACAAUCCGUACCUACUAGAUUACGUUUCCAUCCCUGGCUAUGUAAAUAUAUUUCGAAAUAGAGAUCACAUUCGUGGUGGGGGUGUAGGUAUAUACUGUAGAGACCAUAUAAACUUUAAGCGGCGACAAGACAUUGAGAAAUUACAACCUGAUAUGGAACAUAUUUGGCUUGAAAUUCCCGGACGUAAUAAGAAUAGUAAACUAUUGCUAGGUGUGAUGUAUCGCUCGGAAAGAAUUCUAUCGAAGCAAAGUUGGCUGGACGGAUUCGAAAGUAUAUUAUCCUAUCUGUCGACCCAAUGGGAUGGGCUACUCUUGAUUACGGGAGACAUGAAUGUGGAUCUAUUGAAUUCGAGUUCGCCAUUGACUAAGCAAUAUUUGGAGAUCCUCGACAUGCAUAACCUUCAACAAAUGGUCACUAAGCCUACACGUAUCACAGCUACAUCACAAACACUCAUCGAUCACUUUAUUACGAAUCAUCCAAAUAGAAUUACACAUACAGAUGUUAUCCACUGUCCAUUAGUCAGCGACCACAGCGCACCGUAUGUUUGUGUAAAUGCACGAGUCACGCGAUUUUUACCACGAUAUAAGUACAUUAGAGACGAGCGAACUUACACCGAGGCUGCGUUUGCGGAAGACUUUAGAAAUAUACCUAUCCUAUAA